AUGGCCACCGCCGAAACAGUACUAGACAGUGUUGGGGACGAGAAGACAGUCCGAGUGUUCGGCCAUGAAAUGCCCAAAUCCCUAUUCAUUGUUCGAGUAUUCUACCUACUUUACUAUGCCUCUUUCGGCUCCUUAUUCCCACUACUGGCCGUCUACUUCAAACAACUUGGUAUGACACCGGGACAAGCUGGUCUACUGUUGGGAAGUCGACCAUUGAUAGAGUUCUUAUCAGUGAGGUUUUGGAGUGUCUUUGCUGAUUAUUUCAAAAAAGGUAGGCUGUGGAAUUUGAAAAAUGAUUGGGGAUGUUAUAGUAGGUUGUUCAAAUAAUUCUGUGCCGUCUUUAGGUUGUUCAAAUAAUUAGGUGCUUCCUUUAGGUUGUUCAUUUAAUUAUUAAUUAUGUACCCUCUAAUCCCGGAAAUUUUCUUUGAGGGCGCAAAAUUAUUUGAGCAAGCGAAUAUGUAGUAGUCGAAAUAGUGUAUUUGGCUGUCAGAUUGAAGCUAAACACGUGGCUUUCUAGGAACUUUUUGACCAAAAAUAAGGUUUUUUAUUUGCUUGUUAACCAAAAAUCUGCUUUUCUUGUGAUUUUCUUACCUAAAAUUCUGUUUUAAAGUCGUUUUUUGACCGAAAAUUCUGUUUUUUAUUUAUUUUUCGAGCUAAAAUAAUAUUUUCUAUUCAUUUUUUGAAGAAAAAAAUUAUUAAAAACCGUUUUCCAUCUAAUUUUGGACCGGAAUCGAGCUUUUGUUAACUUUUCUGUUUUAAAACCUAUUUUCUAUUCAUUUUUCGACCUAAAAUAAGGUCUUUGGUCUAAAAUUAGGUAGUUGAUCUAAAAUGAGGUCUUCGAUCUCAUAUAGGUUGUUCAAAAAAUUCUGUACCACCUCUUAAAGCAAAUUUUAGAGUUCAGGGGAUGCAGAAUUAUUUGAACAACCUAGUAUAAUAUUUCUUUUUCGAAAAUUGAAUUUUCAACUUAAUUUUUUAUCAAAAACCUGAUGUUCUAUCAACUUUUCGGCCUAAAUGAAAUUUUCCGGCAUGUCUUUUACCUAAAAUAAUGUAGUCUAUUAUCUAUUAUUCGUAUUUUACAAUUCAAAUCUCCUAAAACAAUUAAUUUUUCUAGGCAAACUCCUGCUCCUCUUUUCCUUAGGCACUUUUAUCGUGUUCACCUUGGCAAUUGGCUUCGUACAACCGGCUACACCGUUUUGUGUUGUAUUAGAUAAGAAUAGUUCUGGUGGUGAAUGUAAACUGCUUCGUCCGGCUAGCGAGAUCAUUCGAGGCGGUGCCAUCGGCUUCUUCAAGCAAGCAGCCGGCUUUGGGAGGAGAAAGCGACGAGAUGUACCUAAUCGUAAGUGUUUAUAUUGAUUUUUUUUGGUUUUAGAGGCGGAGACAGUGCUUGGAGGGGUAAUUUCCAUAUUUUUAUAAAACGGGGUGGAUCCAAUGAAACUUUUUUUUGAGAAUCGACAGGGGGAACCACGUUCAAAUUUUAUUUUAAAAAAAUAAUUUUUUGGGGGGGGGGGGAAGAUCUCAAUUUUUUUUUCAAAUCGAUAACAUAAUCUAAUCUCAAUCUUCCAGAAAUCAUCGACAAAAUCAUUGACCUCAGCAGCUACGAUGAUGAAGAUGAUCGUGUCAUCGGCAAAGCUCCAGAAUACGUGACUCCGGACAAAGUUUGUAACUACGAAGAAGAUCAGUAUGGUAUCCUCGUCAGUCCUCCACAUAGUACUCGAGUCUACAAGGAGGCUGGUGUUGAGCAGGCAUUCAUGUUGUUAUGGCUCCUAGUGGCUUUGGGCGAACUGUUCUCAUCACCAGCUAUUGCCAUUGCUGAUGGAUAUACGUUGGGGAUUUUGCCGGAGAAAAAGGAGGUGGGUCCGAAAGUUUGUAGAAAGUUUGGUUUUAGGUCAAAAAGUAGCUAGAAAAAUAAACUAUCAGUCUACAAAGCAUUAAAAUUUUACAAUUUUCAAAAAAAAAUUUCAGUUUGGAAAGAUCCGCCUUUUCGGCUCAGUAGGCUGGGCCUUGGCCAUGUUAGUGAUGGGUAUUGGCCUGGACUACUCUGACACCUUCCGCAACCACCCAUGCCCAACCAACAAUACCACAGAAAAAAACUACACCCUAUGUUUCGUAGCAUGUACCAUCUUUGCAUUAGCGUCCAUGGCCAUAGCCACUCAAUUCAAGUUCAGUCCAAGCCAGGAUCAUAGGCCGGACGAGAUUGGCGGCUUAGUGAUGGACACGAGGUUGGAGGAGGUGGACCCGGCCAUUGCGCAGAAGGCAAGGGGCAAACAACUUCAGGCGGAUGCGAACAAGGAGCAGGCGGCGUGGAUGCAGGCGCUUAAGGCAAUGAUGAACAUCCACUUUGUGCUGUACAUGUUGGCUGUGGUUUGUGUUGGCAUUGGAGCUGGCAACAUCUUUGCUUUCUUGUUUUGGCAUAUGCAGGUAAGGGUUUUUUGGAAUUUUAAAAAAUCUUGAAAAAAACUUUUCUGGUCAACAGGGGGGACCAAGCUGAUUUUUUUGAGUAAAGUUUUUUUCCUGGGCAGUGAGGGGAAGAAGGGCUAAAAAUAAUUUUUUUUUCAUUUAUUUUGACCAAGCCUAAAAUUUGGUUUAAAAAAAUUGGGCGGGGUAUUAUUUUAUUUUUAGGGUGUUUGCCGAAAACUUUAAAAAUAUUUUAUCACCUUCAUUUCAGGACCUUGGAGGUCAUCCAAUAUUGUUUGGUAUCUGCUCGGUGGUUAAUCAUGCUGCUGAAAUCGCAGCUUACUUCCAUUCAUUUAAAUACAUUAACCAGUACGGCUAUGUUAAGGUAGGUCUUUUCAUUUUGUUUUGGUUUUUAGAUAUGUAAAGUAAGGUAAGACGAAGAAGGGUAGGGCUGAGAAAGAGGUAUAUAGAGUAAGACGGACUAGGGCAGGGCUAUUGUAAGGCUAUGACAAGCCUUGGUAGGGCUGAUGGCAGAGAUAUCGUAGGUUAAAGGGAUGGUUACCGUAAGGUAGGGUAGAGUAGGGCUUUCAAAUUAAAAUUUUUAAAACGGUCGUAUCAACUUACCUUCCAAAAUAACUUUCCAGACAAUGUACGCCUGCCUGGGAGCCAACGCCGUCAGAUUCCUGUUGAUAUCGUGGUUCUCGAACCCAUGGCUCAUUGUUCCACUACAGGCCGUCCAAGGCGUUACCCUAGCCGUAGUUUGGUCCAUGGCUUCAUCCUACGUCUCUAUUGUAUCUCCAGCUCAUUUAAAACCGACCAGUCAAUACAUUCUGUCGCUUUUAUACAAUGGAAUUGGCAAAGGUCUGGGCCCGAUCGUUGGCGGCAUGAUAAUCACUUCUUCUGGUAGGCUUCUGGGCUUAUUGUAGCUUCUAAACCUAACAAUUUUAAACUUUAAAUAACUGUAAUAUACAUUAUGAAUCUACAGUAUAACUAAAAUUAUAAUACAAACCUGUUUACCAUCAAAAAAUAAUUAGAAACAACAAAGAAUUGCAUUAACGUAGGUGUACUUACUAUAAUAUAACCGUAACUUUUCAGGAAGUCGCUUCUUGUUCGUCAUGAUAGCCCUGUUCAAUGCUGCAGUACUAGGAGCAAUGUAUGGAAUUAACAGAGCGUUGAAAUAUGAUGGCAUCAAGUACCAAAAUCAGUUUGAAGAUGAAGAUGGUGAUGCUCUUGGUGGUAAGUAUAAUAUUAUUGAUAUCUUUGGGAAAAACAUCGGAAAUGACAUGACAUUUUAGUACUAUGGGUCAAAUUGAAUUUACUACAUAUUAACUACAAUUUUUAAAUCUUACAAAAUAUUAGUGAAAAAUGGCAGUUUUUAUGAUUUUCUGCUGCGCCCUAGCAUUUGCAGACUGCGAGUCUUUUUAUACGAUAAAACAUAUCCAACUAGGAAAAACAUGUAAAAAAGGAAAAAAUGCGAAAGAAAAUAAAAAUUUGCAUAAAUCUGUAAAAAUUUUGAUUUUUGUUAUUUUGCCGCUUCAGCGCCUCAAGGCCUGCCUCUUCACUCGGAUCCAAACAAAAUCACCGAAGCCUUCAACCAAACCACGAUCAACAACGCCAAUUAUGGCACAAUCGAGGAAAGCAAUCCACAAGAUGAUGCGUACGAUCGCUACGUCAGUAAUCCAUUCAAAUAACUCUCAACAAAUUCACUUUUUAAUCGUGCAAUACCGCUAUUUUCAAAUUUUUGGUAAAUUUCUAUUAUCGAGUACUACUUGGUUUUCGUGUCAGUCUAGGCAGUAUAGUGACCUUUUUUAAUUGGACUUGAAUAAAUAUGAUAAAGAAAAGUGUGUUUUGUUACUUUGUAAAGUUUGACGGGUGUUGGCAAGAGUAGUUUUACUUUUUGAAUAUUGAUUUUUAUAUUGUUGCUUCAAAUUUAGGUACGAAUAACAUUAAUUUGCUAUUGCAAAGCUUAAUUGAAUUUCAACUUUGUUAAGACGAUGGUUUUCUUGAUAAUUUUAGGCAAAAACGUUCUUAUUUUAAAGUUUUUACCUUUUCGAAAUUCAAAAAAAAUUUAAAAAUUGUUAUUUUUGGAUAAUUUCAUUUGAAUUUCUCAAAAUUCGAUAAUUUUUCGAAUUUUCAAAAUUUGCAUAUUUCGAAUUCAAAGUCUUCGUAAGCUGAAAACGGCGGUGAUAGCUCAUUUGAUCACUUUCACAUUCCAGGAGGCGGCCGGGAUGGCUCCGUAUUUUAUCGACGUGGCACUUUCCUUCUGUUCCGUGCACGGUGGUCGACACCAAGCGUCUUCCCAUGGAUCAGCGACCGGAAGGUUUCUCUAUUGGCCGUUCUGUACCAAAUCAAGAAGUGCCAUUCUCGAUGCGGACGGUGAAACCUUUUCCAACUCGGUUGAAGCUUGGGAGAAGAUCUCGUAG